UUAUAUUUAUGAAAAAUGUAUCAUAUAAACUCAAAACACUGACAGAAAAAUUUAAGACGUAAUAGUUAAAUAUAACUGAUACAAGUAAUUUAAUAAAGACACGAUUCAAUCACUUUAAAAUAUAAACAAAAAUUUCGAUAAAUUAGAUGUAUUAUAGACGCUACUGUGUUAUCCCAAAAAAAUUAAUUAGGUCCAGGAGCAGAUAUCAUCAAACAUCAUCGAAAACAGUUAAUGCCAAAAUAGUUGACCAGAAUUUAAAAACCGAUUAAAAAUGUCAUUAAUAUCAUUUUACAAGAAAAAAUUCAAACAUGUAUUGGACGCACUGAUAAAUUUAACAAAUGAACAUUUAUAAAGUACUAUUGAAACAUUGAAGCCUCUAUUUAACAUGUUAAAAAUACUCAUUAACUUGUUCAUUAGGAAAUGUCUCGAAUAUAGUUAAAUAAUUUCCUGAUAUGAACAAUAGAGGAAAAAUUCAUGAUAUUGAUGCAAUACAUACAAAAAUUUUAUUGAAUUUCAAUCAUUGUGAUAAAAAAAAUUGAAUAAAUAUUUUUGAAAUAUCUAAGUCAUCAAUAUUAAUUCUUGCACAAGUUAAUCGAAUUUGUUGUUUAGCAGCUGUUCUCGUUUUUACUGCUUCUGAUGAAAGAAUGUUAAGCAAAUUAAUAUUAAUGCAGUUUUACUUAAGAUCUAAAAUGGACUAUCGACGAUUACAUGCAUUCAUUUAAUGAAUUAAUUUUUUUAUAAAAAAUGAAUAUACUUUAAUAAAAAUCUAUUAAUAUAAAAAAUAAUCGUGGUUGAAAAUCGAGAGUUGAUACGAAUUUAGGGUAUAAGGAAUGGUAACAGAAAAUUAAUUUUUUUCUGUAAAACGGCUUAAACAAGUUCUAUUAUUGUUAAAAAAUAAAAAAUGAUUAGCUCUAAUAUUUUUGAUGAUAUUUCAUGAGGCGUAGUGAAAGAAUCACUCUGUAUAUUAAUAUUUUAUAGCAACUUGACGAUGAAGUAAAUUCGAAACUAUUAGUUACCAUAUAAUUGUUUUACACUUGAAUACUAUUUAUUUGUUUUAUAAUUAAAUAUGUUUUAUACAUAAUAGUGUCACUUUAAUCUUAAAAUUUUUAAGUAUAUAUUAUGUGUUUAUACAUUUUAAUUUUAUAUUAUACGAUUAUGAUGCAGUAGUGUAGUCAAUUGGAAAAAAGAGACUACAAUUCCCUCCAAUUGGCUAAUUAGUACUUUUAAAAGUAUGACUUAAGAACUAGUAAGAAUAAGCAAUAAGCCAAAAAAAGGUCUUUGCCUCCUUCCCCUAAAACAAAAAUUCUGAAUACGCCACUGAGAUUACAUGCUUAUAAUUGCGGUAUAUAUAUUAUAAUAUAAACCUUGAAAAAAAUAUAAUUAUAAUGUUAAACUUUGGUUAAGCGUUGCGCAAUAAAAAAUGUUUAGUAUUGAUGAAUAAUGCAGUGUCAUGGCAACAAAAUAAAUCAGCCUAAGUCAUAUGUAGCAAAUUUAAGAAGUGAUUCAUUUACCUAUAUCUUUAUUGUAUAUGUUAGUUUAAUUUAACUCAUAUACACUGACCAAAAUAUAAUGGCAUACAUCACAAUUGAACUUUUAAGAAAGCGAUGUGAGCAUAAUGAAGGGGAAAUAAGUACUCUGGAAGAAUUAUCCUUACACCAAGAAGAUUUAAUAAAAAUUGAAAAUUUACAAAAUUGGUGCAAAGGACUGAAAAUACUGCUUUUACAAUCCAACUUAAUAUUUAAAAUUGAAAACGUUAAUAAAUUAAAACAGCUAGAAUAUUUAAACUUAGCUUUGAACUGCAUUGAAAAAGUAGAAAAUUUAGAUCGAUGUGAAUCAUUGAAUAAACUAGAUUUAACUAUGAAUUUCAUAGGAGAUUUAACAAGUAUAGAAUCACUGAAAGACAAUAUUCAUCUGCAAACUUUGUAUCUAACUGGUAAUCCUUGCACCGAUUAUGAAGACUACCGUGAGUUUGUCAUUGGGACAUUACCUCAAUUAGACACACUUGAUGGAAACGAAAUAAGUCAUUAUGAUAAAUUAGCUGCAAAACAAAAAUUAAAAGAUAUCAAACAUAAAAUAGUAGUCCAGCAAAAUAACUAUUUAAAGAAUCAAAAAGAAAAAAGAAAAUACAAAAGAACCCCUAUGAAAAUCAUCGAAGAAAACUUAAGCAAUGACAAAAAUAAUGAACCUAUUAAUACAGAAUUUUGGAAUCAACCUAGCGAAAAUACUCCAGAAUGUCGCGUUGAAAUGGCUUUGCACAGUAGACGAGCUGAGCGUCUUAAAAAUGAACCAAGAAAAUCAAAUGAAUAUGAAAAAAAAAGUGAUCCAAAGUUAUUUGCAGAAGAUGGACGUCCAUAUAAUAUUAAUCGUGCCAAAGUACCAUAUAAUCUUGAUGUCGAAAAUGAAAGAUAUGUAUUGACUGUUCAAGUAUAUAAAUACAUGGAUACAAGCGAACUAGAUGUCGAUGUUCAACCAAAAUACGUUCGAGUUACAAUUAAAAGUAAAAUUUUACAACUAGCAUUAGAUGAAGAAGUUAAAGUUGAUGAAUCAAAUGCUAAACGUUUAGUUGGCUCAAAAAAACUUGAAAUAAUAAUGCCUAAAGUGAAUCCCAUCAUAAAACCUCAAAAAGUUACCAGCAAUAAAUUGAAUAAAGAUUCCUCAACUAAAACACAAAAAUAUCUAUUAAAUGAUGAAAAAAAAUACAACACAUCAGUUGAAUUUUGGAAUAUCGUAAAAAAAGAAAACAACGCUUGUAAUUGUAACAAUGAAUAUUUGACGAAUACUUAUUUAGAAAAUUCUGAGGUACCACCUCUGGAAUAAAUAAUACACACUAAUUUGUACGUUUAUGCAUAUUUUAUAUUAACUUGAAUUAUUUUCAUUUAAUACUACUCAUGUAGUUUAAUUAUAAUAAUAUUAUUAUUUUCCUUGCUUAUUAUGCUACAUUUAAU